AUGGGUUCCACAUCCAUAAACCUCCCCACCAUCCGUCUCGACACCACCCUAACCGACCUCUAUAAGCUCGCUGACCCUUCCACCGCGCACCUCCGCCUCGGCCUCGUCCUCUGCGGCGUCAACUCCGCCAUCGCCCUGACCCCUUCCUUCCCUCGCAACAAGAAAUAUCUCUACCAGGAUAGUCCCUUCAACAACAUCCCCCCCUCGGAACUCAAAGCCGUUGCUGACGCCACCUCCAACCCGCACAAUGGGACGUCGGACCUCCAACGCUCCAUAGCCCUCAAAUACCUCUCCCUCAUCCCGCAGCGUGACGCCUUCAUCGCUGGCGGCCCCCAAACGCCCACCAUCUUCUUCAACGUCCAGCCGGGCUCCGCCGAGCAAGAAGCUCAUGAUGCCCGCGAGGCUGAACAGACGCUCGCUGUGCUCAGCCCUGAGCAGAGGCCUAAACUAGUCUUUUGCUCUGGACCGGCCGAUAUCUCGGUCCGAGAGCUGGGGAUCGAGAGGUUGGCGGUGAAAAUCAUGCUUGAUGAUCUCGAGAAGGAAGGGUAUCCGCUGGUGGUGGACCAGGAGACGCAGUGGUUUCUGAACAGCAAGGCUGGGCUUGCGGAGUCGGGACUGCCGACGUCGAGAGCGGAGGUGGUUGAUGUUGAUGGACAUGUGCCUGUUCCUGCUUUAGAAUGCUGUGAGGUGUGUAAGGAGGGGGAUCAGGGGAAGGGCGGGAUGAAGUUUAUCCCUGCUGGAUGUACCGGGACAAGGGGCCGGUGGGUGGAAAAGCAAAUGCGAGAAAUCGUGGAGAAUGUAGAAGCCAGAAAGACGCCGUUCGUGUUCAAGACCCAACAAACGUUUGGCGGGGCGGGGACGUGGGUGGUUAAUGAUGAAGCGAAGAAGAGAGAGCUGGUGGAGGAGUUGACGGAUGAUGAGACGGGAGUGCUGAGGAAGCUGCUGUCGCAGGUGACGGUCAAGAACGAGCAGAUGAAGCCUGGGAGCGUGGUGCUGAGCGAGAUGGUGCGUGACCCCGUGGGGGAUUACGGGGUGACGUUCUUGGUGGGCAAGGGAGGGGAGGCGCACUUUUUGGCAGCGUCGGAGCAGAUGAUUAACGAGGAUAACGCGUGGAUUGGAAGCACGAUUAACUAUGCGCGCCAGGAAAAACUGAAGGAGAAGUUUCAGGGCAUCAUGAGGCAGACGGCUGAGUGGGUGGGCAAGCGUGGAUACAUUGGGCCGGUGGGCAUUGAUAUUUUGGAGACGAAGAAAAUUCCGGAGGAUGAACAACUACAGAAGAACGGGGUCUCGUCAGCGGAUGGCGAGAGGACGGCGCAUUACACUGUGGACUUGAACGUGAGGACGUCGGGCUCGCUGGCGCUCCCGUUGCUAAAGGGCCACUUUACGAGCAGGGGCCUGACUUGUGCGAGCAGCUUUUCCACCACGGUGAAGGGAUCGAGGAAGGAGUUCAUGGAGACAUGGAGGGAGGCAUUUGAAAGCGGGCGGAUGCUAAUCAUGGCAUGGUACGAGGAUAAGACGAGCAAUGGGGGAGAGGAGGUGGAAAGCAUUGGUGAUGUCGUGGUGGGUGGGAAGGAUGAGAAGGAUUUGCAGCAUUUGAUGAAGAGGGUGAGGGAGAGCACUGAGGAGGUUACGUUCUAA